AUGAGUCAUUCCCUGAAGAUACCAGUUACUGGUGUCCCAAAAUCAGAUAAUCCACUCUUGGGAAAAGGUCACAAAGUACAUUUCUCAAAUACUGUAAAGACAAAGGAAAAACAACAAAAUAAAGAUGUUUCGGCUCACGUGAUACAGAGAGCUUGGUUAUCUCAUCUCGACAAAACUGUGUUUCAACUCCUUAAGCAUACAAUUUGUGCAGCGGAAUAUCACGUGACACAUGAAAUUUUGAAGAAAGUGAGCCCUUUAGAGGCUGAGCUUGUUAAAGAUCCUUGCAUGAAGUGUAAAGUUAGAUUCAGAUUUGGUGGCGAAAUAUUUCCACCUUUCAUCGUAUUUAAAAUUUUUCUUCACACUGAAGGCCAUGGUUAUAAGUAUUUCAGCGGAAAAAAAUUUUUAAAGCCAUCAAGUGAGGCUGAGGCUGAUGCUUACAAAAUAAUGGGGGAAAAGAAAUUUUAUCAUCAAAUUAAGGAAGAUGAACGUCUUUUCCAGAAGUUCAAAAUAACUGAUGACAAAGAUAUUGUCACCCUGAAAGAUUACAUGCAAUAUUCCAGUCAUCUGGAUGAGAUCCCUGCAUCUUCUGGUGGCAGAAAUAACCAUUGGCGAAGAUUAAGCCUCGAAAACAUUCCCAGGACAAUGAUAAUGUAUGACAUAGUUGAUUAUGCCGAGUCUGGAAUAAUCUCAAACCGUCUAAAAGAAGAGAUGAAGUAUCUAUUACAAAGACCAAAAACAGAAGAGAUGCGUCAGCACCAGCUACAGAUUGUUUCUGAAGUUAGGUCCCCUUUAUUCUUAUCAAGUCUUCAACCUUUAUAUCGGCCCUACCAACAGCAAAGUCAAAUUAGACAUCUGGGUCGUCGAUCCAAACAAGCUCUAAUAAAAGUUGAAAAAAUGAAGAGAGCUUAUAAGAUGGCUAAAGAAAAAAAUGCUUCUGUGGGGUCUGAACCAAAAAUGGACAUACCAGGUGCAAAGCAGAAAGAGACAGUUGUCCUCUCCACCCCAUCUUUUGACAUUGUGAAAGUUGAAGAACUCCUGUCAGAUGACGAAUUGGAAAAAGAGGAAAAGGAAUUAUUUGCCUGGUGUCAAGACUUGUUUAUUAAUAACUCUCCAUUUUAA